CUGCUCCUGACAUGCGCAGUGGCCGCCCUGCUGCCUCCUCUUUGACUGUGGCAGUAAUCGGCAGACACCAUGAAGGCGUCCGGAACUCUUCGGGAGUAUAAAGUGGUCGGGCGUCUGCUGCCCUCGCCCAAGAACCCGGCCCCGCCCCUGUACCGGAUGAGGAUCUUCGCCCCGAACCACGUAGUGGCCAAGUCCCGGUUCUGGUACUUCGUCUCGCAGCUGAGGAAGAUGAAGAAGGCUUCAGGGGAGAUCGUGUACUGCGGCCUGGUUUACGAGAAGACUCCUCUGAAGGUGAAGAACUUCGGGAUCUGGUUGAGGUACGACUCUCGCAGCGGGACUCACAACAUGUACCGAGAGUACCGAGACCUGACCACAUCUGGAGCCGUCACUCAGUGCUAUCGUGAUAUGGGGGCCCGGCAUCGUGCUCGCGCCCACUCCAUCCAGAUCAUGAAGGUGCAGGUCAUCGCUGCCAACAAGUGCCGCCGUCCUGCCAUCAAGCAGUUCCACGACUCCAAGAUCAAGUUCCCCCUGCCUCACCGGGUCCUGCGGCGCCAACACAAACCGCGCUUCACCACCAAGAGACCCAACACCUUCUUCUAGACACAAUAAUUGUUGUUGUUGUCGUUGUUUUUCUGCAGCAAACAAUAAAAUUAUUCAGAAAAUA